CUCGGGGCUGGCCGCUGCGCGGGGCAAGUGCGGCCUGUGUUUCCGGGAGCUCCCGGAGCGGAGCCGCCGCUGCGCCAGCAGUGACAAGACAACAUCUGAGCUUCUACAGCCUCUCCCACCAUCUUCUGGGGCAUCCUGGCCUGUCCACACUUGUUUCUGUAGCCUGUGUGGCUCUGGAUGGCUAGUGAAGAGGGAUGUUCAAUCUAAUGGCCAAUUGCUGCAACUGGCUAAAACGGUGGCAAGAACCUGUCAGGAAGGUGACGCUAAUCAUGGUCGGUCUUGACAAUGCUGGCAAAACUGCUACAGUGCGAGGAAUUCAAGGAGAGUCUCCUGAAGAYGUAGCUCCGACUGUUGGGUUUUCGAAGAUUGACCUUAAACAGGGACGAUUUGAAGUCACCAUCUUUGAUUUAGGAGGUGGCAAACGAAUUCGAAACAUCUGGAAGAAUUACUAUGCUGAGUCCUAUGGUGUGAUAUUUGUCGUGGAUUCCAGUGACAUUGCRAGAAUGGAAGAAACAAAGCAAGCCAUGACAGAAGUUUUAAACAGCCCGAAGAUAUCAGGGAAACCCAUGUUAGUGCUGGCAAAUAAGCAAGACAGAGAAGGAGCUCUGUCGGAAGCRGAUGUAAUCGAGUCCUUAUGUCUGGAAAAGCUUGUCAAUGAACACAAGUGUCUAUGUCAAAUUGAACCUUGCUCAGCUGUCAUGGGUUAUGGGAAAAAAAUUGAUAAAUCAAUAAAAAAAGGUUUAUAUUGGCUCCUACAGAUCAUAGCAAAAGAUUUUGAUGCCUUACACGAGCGCAUCCAAAGAGACACUAAGGAGCAAAAAGCCUUUGAAGAACAAAAGAAACAAGAACGAGCUGAAAGAGUGAGAAAAAUACGAGAAGAAAGGUAACAAAGGGAAAAAGAAGAAGGAAGAAAUGCAACUGAUGAGGAAGACUUUGGGCCUGGGAAGCCUGAAAACCCUUUCCAGCCUAUAGCAACUGUAAUCUCUGAGAAUGAAAAACAAAUUGAAAAGGAAAAGAAGAGGCAAAGGUUGGAGUCUGAAAAGGCUACCGUUGUCUUGAAAUCUCAAACAGGGCAGGAACAAAUGGGUGACUCCAGUAGCAGUAGCCAAAACCCACACAAUAAUAGACUGGAUACCUGCAAAUCUACACAGCAAUUACCGAAUGAAGAAGAGAGUGAGCAGCAAGCAUCAGAAUGCCUUGAUUCAGAUAACAGUAAGAAGAAGAAAAAAACAAAAUUAAAAAGAGGCCACAGGGUAGAACCUGUUAAUUCAGAGGAUGCUGUUCCCAAAAACCCUACACCACCGCCACCACUUCCACCAGUUGGCUGGGGAACUCCCAAAGUUAAUAGACUUCGAAAACUUGAGCCUCUUGGUGAAAAACAUCAUGCUGAUUUCUAYGGAAAACCUCUACCACCACUGACUAUGCGCCAAAGACCCAACAGUGAUAUCCAUGAUGUCAUUGCUUAAGUGGAUCACAGAUGACCUUUUAAAAGCACGAUCAAGAAAUUUAUUAGAAACAGUUUUUGCCCUCCAAGGAAAACUUGUCAGCUCUUUGCAAAAUAAGAACUUGGAGGCUAUUAAACCUGCGGUAAAUUCUGUCAGUUGAUAAGACUUUCUACUUCAUUCGGCAGUUACGACGCACAUUCACCAGCAUUUCUUCAGGAUUUAGCGUGAAAGCGAGUAAUGUUUAUGUGGCCAAGGACGCUCGCAAGAAUGUGGCACUGGAUAUUUUGGAAGUUUACUUGCUUAAAUUCAUAGCUGCAACCUUGAAGAAAAGUACCUUUGUAUGAUAUUAGCUUGUAUUUUCUCAUUAAGACCUUUUUCCAGGUGCUGAGCAGUGAUUGGUAUUUUUGCAGCUUAACAAUUCUAAAAUAUUUUGUAAGAUUCAUGUGUUUAGAGUGAAUAUAGGAAGGUUAUGCAACAAAUUUUGACUAUAUUUUUCUAACUUUUUAUAAAACUGUUUGAAAGUUUGAGUGGACAUGUAUCCUUUCCCAAUAAAAUGGAAGUGUUAGAAUGUUGUUAGCCAGAUACAUAUGAGCAGAAUAUGUACUUUUUCACUUACAGCAGCAAUACCUUAGGAAUUACAUUAUCAAAUUCAUAUUCUAUGAUGCC